CAAAACCAGAAACUCAGAAAGGAAAUGCAAGAAAUGAAGUUCGUUAAAUCCACAUGUGAUGUCUCAAAAAAACAGGUCGAUUUACAGCAGGAAGAAAAUAUCAGCUUUAAAGAAGAAAAUGAGAAAGUCCAAAAGGAUUUGCAAGAAGUGAAAAACUUUGAAUCCACGUGUGAUGUGAUGAGAAAAAAGGUCAAAUUACUGCAACAAGAAAAUGAAGAGUUUUUUCUGCAAAGUCAGAAACUCAGACAGGAUUUCCAAGAACUAACGUUCAAUGAAUCCACAUGUUAUCCAAUACAUGUGCUGCAGCAAAAAAAACGACAACUUUAAAGAUCUCAAUCAAAAUCUCCGAGAGGACUUAGAAUCGAUGAUAUUUGACUCUACAACUGCUGGAGAAGGCUUGAUUAAAAAGGAUUUAGAAAGAUUGCAGGUCUGUGGCUCCACAUUUAACGCCAUGCAAAAUACGAACGAACUUCUUCAAAAACAAAAUGAGGAGCUCAGAGAACAAAAUCAUAAACUCCAAGAGGAUUUGAAAGAACAAAGGUACUUUGAAUCCACAUGUGAUGGGAUGAAAAACCAGCUGGAUCUACUGCAGCAAGAAAAUGAUGCUUUUAAAGAGCAAAAUCAGAAACUCCAAGAGGAUUUGCAGAAACUAAAGUUCUUUAAAUCCACGUGUGAUGUGACAAAAGACAAGAUCUAUGUAAUGGAGCAAGAAAAUGAAGACUUUAAAAAGCUAAAUCAGAAACUCAGAGACGAUUUGCAAGACCUAAAGUUCUUUGAAUCCACAUGUGAUCCGAUGAAAAACAAGAUGAAAUUACUGCAGAAACAAAAUGACGACUUUAAAAAACACAAUCAUAAAUUCAGAGAGGACUUAAAAUCGCUGAUAUUUGACUCUACAACUGAUGAAGAAGGCUUGAUUAAAAAGGAUCUAAAAACAUUGCAGGUCCUUCACUCCACAUUUAACUCCAUGCAAGGUACGAACGAACCUCUGCAAAUACAAACUGAGGAGUUUAGAGAACAAAGUCAGAAACUCGGAGACGAUUUGCAAGAGCUAAAGUUCUUUGAAUCCCCAUGUGAUGGGAUGAAAAACCAGGUGGAUCUUCUGCAGCAAGAAAGUGGAGACUUCAAAGAGCAAAAUCAGAAACUCAAAGAGGAUUUGAAAGAACUAAGGCCCUUUGAAUCCACAUGUGAUGGGAUGAAAAACCAGCUGGAUCUACUGCAGCAAGAAAAUGAUGCUUUUAAAGAGCAAAAUCAGAAACUCCAAGAGGAUUUGCAGAAACUAAAGUUCUUUAAAUCCACAUGCGAUGUGGCAAAAAACAAGCUCUAUGUAAUGGAGCAAGAAAAUGAAGACUUUAAAAAGCAAAAUCAGAAACUCAGAGACGAUUUGCAAGACCUGAAGUUCUUUGAAUCCACAUGUGAUGGGAUGAAAAACCAGGUGGAUCUUCUGCAGCAACAAAAUAAAGACUUUAAAGAGCAAAAUCAGAAACUCGGAAAGGAAUUAGGAAAGCUGAUAUUUGACUCUACAAUUGAUGAUUAAGGCUGAAUUUCUGCACAAACAAAACAAUGCUGCAAACAGAAAAUUCCUCAACAUCAAGGUUAUUUUGAAGGAUUGAAGUGACUCGCAUGACUGAAGUUUAAAGACAUACAAUUGAAAAAUCUAAAAAGAGCUCCUAUGCUCCAACAAAAGGAGAUAAGCGACCCCCUCCCAAUAUAAACACAUACAGAAACACCACAAUGACUUCCAGCAAACACACAGAAGAUCAUCAGCUGCUUACUCAUUUAAGACAGCUUCCUCAGUUGCUGAACCUGCAGAGGAAGCGUAAAAACGAAGAUGACCUACUCUUUCUGUGAGCCAGCAUAGCAUGUGUGUGUGCAGGGGGGGAUCUGAAAAAAACAAACAAGGAACCUGAACUAUGGCCGGACCAGUUACCUUCAUUUUCUCACAUGGCCACUGACAAUCAUUCCUAUUGUUCCGGUUUGGUCCAUUUAAAUUGUUAAUGUUGUCAAGUUAAAACUGUCCAUCCAAAAGAUAGUUCAGCUCUUAUAUUUCUGACAAGAAACUUCUUCAUGCUUUACUCUGGCUUGUAGGCUUCUAAGUGGAGCACAAGGUUAGAAACUAAACUAAAAAUAAU